AAGGGGACAAGAUAAGUUCAUAGGGAGCAUAUCAUACAAAAAGAAAUUUUGCUGGAGCUUGAUACAAUGAACGCUUGAGUGGGUCAUUUUAAACCCCCUUUGUUGUGAUUACGAGUAGUUAACAGAAUCGAUGAUAUUGCUAUUCAGCUUGCCAAUUAUCACAGUACCCCGUUAGCAUGCACCGGUGUAUAAAGUUAGCUUGGUAGAAUCACACAUAAACUCAGUGUUUCUUGAGGUGUAUAAACAGUUCUAGGGAAACUUACCAAACUAAUUCUGGAAACAUUAGAAGAGUUGUGGACAAUUAUAGACCUAUAUAUUGGUGUGGUGCAUAAUAAGAAUGAGUAAUUUGAGUCGACCAUCUGACUCUCGCUAUGCGUCGCUGGAUACCCUCGACGUCGACAGAGACACCAAAUGUGGAAUUGGACGAUUCACCCCUUCGUGCCUGCAAUUUCUCGCCAAUCCUAAAGUCUUUCUCUUAUUUCUGGUACCCACAAUGCUACUGAAAACGAGUGUUUUUGCUUACACAGGCGGCGUGCUUACAACUCUCGAGAAAGAGUUCCAACUCUCAAGCACAGAAUCUGGCUUCUUAAGCGUCAUAGAUGAUAUCACUAGUGUGAUAUUCGUUCUUUUUGUGUCCUUCUUAGGACACAACGCCCAUAGGCCUCGAUGGAUAAGUUCAGGCACUUUAUUAACUGGCAUUGGAAUUUUCAUCUGCGCCUUCCCGCAUUUUUCCAAAGAUGUAACCGACUUAUCAAAGUUAAAUGGUAACUUCAGCAUUCCAGAUUAUUGUUUCCUAAGAAAUAUAAAUCACGCUAAUUUUGACCCUUCGAAGAUUCCUGGAUUUGACCCAUCAAUAUUUUCAGGGUUUGAUCCUUCAAAACUACCAACUGGCUUUGAUCCGUCUAAAUUACCAGAAGGGUUUGAUCCGUCUAAAUUACCAGAAGGGUUUGAUCCUUCUAAACUACCAGAAGGGUUUGAUCCUUCUAAACUACCAGAAGGGUUUGAUCCUUCUAAACUACCUACCGAUUUUGAUGUUUCACAACUACCCCAAGGGACUGAUUCUCCGGGUACACCGGACACAUUUAAAUCCACAACAACAUUUAAUCCGUUUGAUCCCUUAAAUCCUAAAGGUGGAGUUGAUCCAUCAAAACUACAAAAUAAUACUGAAAACGGUGUCAAUAUCCGACCUGGUAAACAAAACAACAUGUCGUCGAUUCCUUUCUUUCCGGGAGGUCUCCCAUUCGCCUCCAAUGGUUCUCUUUCACUUUUCAAUGACUGUGACAAUAAGGGAACCGGCUUUGGUAGCACGACUUGGUUGAUCAUUGGGUUUAUUUUGCAAGGCAUUGGCGGUGCUAUCCUUAUACCAAUUUCAUUGACUUACAUUGACGACAGUGUGCCGACACAUCAAACAGUUUUCUACAUCGCUCUGAUUUUCGUCGGGAUUUCUCUUGGACCAAUUUCUGGAUACAUGUUUACUGCAUUGUCAUUAUCCCUGUUCGUCGAUUUUGAUCGUGUGGAUUCAAAAGAUAUUCCUGACCUGAACAUGUAUGAUCCACGCUGGAUUGGAGCCUGGUGGCUCGGUUACCUCAUCAUUGGUACCGUUAUAAUUAUCCUCAGCAUUCCGCUCUUCCUCUUCCCGAAAAAAAUGCCAGCACGAUUCAAGGUAGACCUAUCUGCCAAAAAAGAAAGCGAGGCAGAUGUUGAAUUCCUGCAAACUAUUCGUUCAUCAAGAGAAAACACUAACAAAGGGGUUCUCAAUAUUAUCAAAUCAUUCUUCCAAGCAAUGAAGCGUCUUAUUACAAAUCCAUCGCUUAUUUCGUUCUGUCUUGGAGCAUCUGCAGAGCUCGCUAUUGUCAGUAUAUUUGUAGCUUUCAUCAUCAAAUAUGUUAUUACACAAUUUGGCGUGACACCAGUCACUGGAACGAUUAUUGUAGGUUCAGUAAUUGCUCCGUGCAACACACUCGGCAAUUUGUUUGCCGGUACAUUCUGUCGUAAAUUCAAACUGGGGACCAAGAAGACGUCCUUGUUUUUAAUUUGUGGUGUUUCUAUUGGACUCUGCUUAUUUCCGGUGCUGAUGUUUGUGGGUUGCAACAACCCGAAUGUUGCUGGAUUUACAACACCAUUCGGUCAAGCAUCAAAUCAGAUGAAGGUAAACGGAUCAAGAUAUCAAACCACGAAACUGACUAAUGGUACUGCGGUAUUACCUGGUUUAAAAUCCGCAUGCAAUGCAGACUGUUUUUGCUCUGCGCAGAUGUUCCUUCCAGUCUGCGGUUCCGAUGGCGUCACUUAUACAUCGGCCUGUCACGCUGGGUGUUCGCAGAAGUCGGGUAGUAAGAAAUUUAAUCCCUUCGAUUCCGAUACGAUCUAUACAGGCUGUACCUGUAUUUCAGACCCCGAUUCUAAAGACGGUUACGGACGAGCUGUGUCUGGGAGAUGUUCGUUCGACUGCAGUACUCUGCCAAUGUACGUCAUCCUAACGGCAAUCUUGAUGAUAUCCUCAAGUCUUUUGCCAAGCCCGUCGUCUUCAAUUAUGUUACGGAUAGUUGCCGACGAAGAUCGCUCAGUUGCACUUGGGUUUCAACAACUGUCCACAAAAGUUAUAGGCUACUUUCCUGCUCCGAUAUAUUUUGGUGCUAUUAUAAAUUCUGUUUGCUUGCUGUGGCAGACGACUUGCGGUGAUGAGGGUGCUUGUUUGAUGUAUGACAUAGAGAAGUAUCGAUACUUUUAUUUUAGUCUGCUGAUUGGCUUAAAAAUGAUAUCGCUCGCCAUGUUUACUAUCUUGUACUGUACCCUCAAAGCAGAGGUCGAUGGUAACUACAAGCAUGUGAAUCCGGAACAACCAGGCUCUCCCUUAUCAGCCUUUAAUGGAGAGGCCUCUACGCAACCGAAAAAUGACCACGAAGAAGAUGAGACAAUCUAAUUUUUAAAUAUCAAAAGGUCAUGAAUAUUCAUGAAUACCAUGUAUAUAUUAUGAAGAUUAAGUUAGGUGGUGGGCCUAAAAUUUCAUUGUGUA